AGCUGAUCUGCGGAUCUUCUGGAGCUUUUUGUUGCUCCCGCCUCUCCACCCAGCACAUCCACGGGGACGGAAACGGAAAUAAGCGGCUCUCUUUGCUUCUCCUGCCUGGUGUCGGAGCGAGGAGAGUCGAGAAGAACAAGACUGCAUUAAAUAGAUUUACAAGGCUCUGGUUGGCAAGCUGUGGACGCAGUUAAGUGGACAAAGACUGUUAGGUCAUUAAAGGAUUGUGCUUUGUGUGAGGGGAGCAGAGUCACUGGUCGUGCAGAGAGAGCAUCGUGGGAAGCAGCGCAGCCUCUGCCAUGGAGGCCAUCGCCAAGUACGACUUCAACGCCACUGCGGAUGACGAGCUGAGCUUCAGGCGCGGAGAGACUCUUAAGGUUUUAAAUGAAGAAUGUGACCAGAACUGGUACAAAGCAGAGUUGAACGGAAAAGAGGGCUUCAUUCCCAAAAACUACAUCGAAAUGAAGCCGCAUCCGUGGUUUUAUGGGAAGAUCCCGCGGGCGAAGGCAGAGGAGAUGCUGAAUAAACAGAGGCAUGAUGGGGCUUUUCUCAUCAGAGAGAGCGAGAGCGCACCAGGAGAUUUCUCUCUGUCUGUCAAAUUUGGGAAUGACGUGCAGCACUUUAAAGUCCUGCGGGACGGGGCAGGGAAGUACUUCCUGUGGGUGGUGAAGUUUAACUCUCUGAAUUCUCUGGUGGACUAUCAUCGCUCCACCUCCGUCUCCAGGAACCAGCCCAUCUUCCUGAGAGACAUCGAGCAGGUACCACAGCAUUCCACGUACGUGCAGGCUCUGUUCGACUUCGACCCGCAGGAGGAGGGCGAGCUAGGCUUCAGACGCGGCGAUUUCGUCCAGGUGCUGGACAACUCGGACCCUAACUGGUGGAAGGGGGCAUGCCACGGCCAGACCGGAAUGUUCCCACGCAACUACGUCACCCCUGUCACUCAAAACAUGUAACCGCGUGCCGACGCAAUGUAAAGAAUGCAAAAAAGAAAAAAAACACACAAAAAACAAAAACACAAACUGAAACUGUCUGUUAAGGCAAACGAGGACUUCCAGUGGGGGGUUGCCAUGGAAACAGAGACCGUGGAGGAGAGUCGGGGAAGAAAAGGCCGGACUGAUGCCUCCGAUUGCUGAUUGGCUGAGAGCGACGGAACGGGGUCUGCUAUUGGUUGGCAGUGCGGCGAAGCUGAUUGGCUGGAAGAUUAGCGAACCCAGCUGGUUAUAGUGCUGUGUGAAGUGUUGAAGCGCUGGCAGUGAACCUAAAAAACCUCAAACUGUGCUGCUUUCUACACGCCUGUUCCUCUCAUACUACACAGUCAGCUGCAGAAUUCUGAUGUACAGUAUUACGACCGGAAAAAAAUUAAUAAUAAAUAAGGGACUGUGCAAAGCUGUAGACGAGUGAAGGGUUUCGCACUGAAGUGUGAAACUGAAAGAUAUUCCACAGUAUGUAUCGUUUUGAAUGCGUAUUUUACCUGUUGCGGUUGUAUGUUAUCGUUCUUUCUUAAAUGUUUCUCUCUCUGUUUUGUGCGAUUGAGGAUAGUUGAAGGUUAUCAGUAAUAAUGUCAUUAUUACUGUACUCUGUAAUCUGUAAUAUCAGUAAUAAUGUUGUUUUCAGCAAUCGUCGUCUGCUCAGCAUGCACAAAUCUCCUAAUUCUGGUAUAAAAUAUCUAAUGAUGUCAUGGGGCUAGUGAUGCCAAGAGGGCUGCUGCAGAAAUCCUGGCUGUGGUUCAUGAAGCAAACCUGACUAAUCAUUACAUGCUUGAGGUUUAGGCAUACUUUAUAUAUUUCAAAUAAAAAUUUCUGGAGUACAAUCUCUGUAAAUCUCACUAAAUCUGCUGCAGGAGCCACGCGCUGACCAGCUCCAUCAGAGUGUAAUAUCUGUGAGACUGACCAACAUGUCUGUUUGCCUUUAAAGCCCCACUUGGGAUGAUUUGAGUAACGUAGGUGACAUUUUUGAACAUGCUUUAUUUUUGGAUCUUAAUUCAUCCAAGAAGAGAGUCCUUAAAGGGGAAUUCCUUCGUUUGUUUUUGAAAAUGUCCUGAAAUGGUUAAAAUGUCAGAGAGGUUUGUUGGGAAACUUACCAGCUUGAAUUUUUUUUGCAGUGGUGGUGAUAGGAACCAGGGGUCACCAUGACUACAACACUAAUAUAGACAUUUUACUGUCCAAAGCCACCAAAAAACCUACUCGUGUCUUCUGAGUUUUAUAUGGAAUGUUGAUGAUGGGAAAAUAGUGGAAAAUCUGAAAUAAUUUUCUUUGGGGACUAUUUUGCUUCAGCAUGUAUCCCUCCACCAUGA